AUGGAGGAAUUGGAGGACAUCGUCAAAGUAGCUUCCGACUACUUUGAGAAUUUAUUUUGUGUAGGUGUAUGUGAUCAAAUGAAGGAGUGCUUGAAUGCAGUUCCUAGCAAGGUGACCAAUGACAUGCAGGAAAUUCUGUCCAGUGAAAUUAGUGUUGAAGAAAUCAAGGUGGCUUUGUUCCAGAUGGGACCAAUAAAGGCUUCUAGACUUGAUGACAACGUAUUGAUGGCUUAUGAGACGCUAAACACUAUGCACUCUAGAAAAAAGGGCAAGAAAGGGUCUUUGGCACUGAAGCUAGACAUUAACAAGGCCUAUGACCAGGUUGAAUGGUUGUUCCUACAGGGAAUUAUGGAAAAGAUGGGCUUCCCAGCUUUAUGGAUAGAAAGGGUGAUGAGUUGUGUUACCACACCAUCCUUCUCUAUUCUUGUGAAUGGAAAACCAUAUGCUAUGAUUCAUCCAUCUAGAGGACUUAGUCAAGGAGAUCCUUUAUUAACAUUCUUGUUUCUGUUGUGUGCAAAAGGUUUUACUGCUCUUUUGGCAAAAGCAAAAUUGGAAGGGAGAAUCAAGGGGGUGUCAAUUUGUAGAAGAGCACCCAAAGUCACUAACCUACUAUUUGUAGAUGAUUCUUUGUUGUUUUGCCAGGCAACUCAAACUGAAGGGGAGGCCAUUGCUGAGAUUCUUUAA